UUGACUCCUAAUGCACAAAUUUCACUCUUUUCGGACCGGCAGGUUGCACGAUCGUCCCGUACAAUGUGACGUCGACGGUGAGUGAAACUCAGUGAGCCUUUCAACGGACGCUUUAUAUACACACGCACUUCGCUUUGAGAGACACUAGAAUAUUACCCGUAUGCAACUAAAGUCUACGAUCUUCGAUUCUCUGCGACCAUCCCACAUUGGCUCGUGGAUGUACUUACACAUCCUUUGCCUCAUUAUGUCGGAGUUGACUAUAUAUGCCUUCACUACGCCAGUGGCCGGUGAGUUGCUGACGUCCGCAAUUUUCUUCUAUCAUAGCUUGAACUUCGCCGUUAUCGUUGAACGGUUUCUGUCAUGGACAGUGUAUAGGUUGCCAUCCCUCAGGAUCUCAGCUAACGGCUCCAAGCAGAUCGGAGCUCGAAGUAUUUGUGCAGGGUGUGAACAGGUUCUUGGUGCAACUACUGUAACCAACGGCAUCAAUGGCUCAUGAAGACCAUGGGGUUGUGUCAUGAAACGCACGCUCGAGAUGUCGGGGGUCUUUUGUAGCUGCUAUGACAUCGAACGCCAAACUGUGAGUGCUUUACUUAUUGCCGAACGUCGAAUUGCAAAAGCCGACUCCAAUUAUUUUGAUCGAGAGAAACGCUGUAUGCUCGAGGUAUAUAACUAUGCCUGCUUCGCUUCUGCGUUGGAGCCCUUCAGCUCCACUCCAUCGUUCGCUAUUUCUCCGACUUUUCCAAGCCUCACACUAUUUCUUUCUCCCCCUCAUCAUCUCGUUAACAUCCACCAACCAUGUCCGACAAAAAACCCACAAACCACAAAAAUCAUGACUCUAUCUCGACAUACUCCAACGAAGGAGUCCAAAUCCAACACAUAGAUAACGUCAGCCAAAACAUCAACGUCAAGCUCGCCAAUCCUUUAACGGGGAUCCCUCAUGAUCAAUUAAUGUCUGACGCUGCUCAAUUCGCUGAAGAGCGUGGACUAGGUCACCUUAAGGAAGAGUUCAAGAAAGGUGCUCUUGUCGCUCAAGACCCUACAUCCUUCGAAGCCCUCCCAUUACUCGACGAUGCGGAUCGGAAUAUCCUGAGACGAGAGUUGACACAUCGCUGGGACCAACCAUGGCAAUUGUAUUACCUUGUAAUUCUAUGUUCAGUAGCUGCUGCCGUCCAAGGUAUGGAUGAAUCGGUUAUCAAUGGUGCCAAUCUGUUCUUUGCACCACAAUUUGGUAUCGACAUACAUGCUACCGAUGGGAACGCUGGUCGCAACCAGUGGUUAGUCGGUCUUGUGAACUCUGCUCCUUACCUUUGUUGCGGUAUCAUCUCUUGUUGGCUAACGGCACCCCUUAAUGCCUAUCUCGGCCGUCGAGGAACCAUCUUCUUGACUGCCUUCGUCUCUUUCGCCAGUUGCAUUUGGCAAGGCGUUACAAACUCAUGGCAACAUCUUUUCGUCGCUAGGUUGGUGCUUGGGUUUGGAAUCGGUCCCAAGUCUACGACGGUCCCGGUCUACGCUGCAGAAUGCGCUCCCGCUGUUAUCAGAGGUGCUCUGGUUAUGAUGUGGCAGAUGUGGACUGCUUUCGGUAUCAUGAUUGGUUACGUCAUGGACGUCGCAUUCUACAACGUCCCGGACAAACCUGGUAUCAAAGGGCUCAACUGGCGACUCAUGUUGGGUUCUGCCGGUAUUCCUGCUCUCAUCCUCAUGAGCCAGGUCUAUUUCUGUCCCGAAUCACCCCGUUGGUUAAUAUCUAAGGGUCGUUACGACAAGGCAUACGAGUCUCUUCUUCGUCUUCGUCAUACACCCAUACAAGCCGCUCGCGACUUAUACUAUAUCCACACCCUACUCGAGGCCGAAAAGGAGAUCACCACAGGUCGUAACCGCUUCCUCGAACUCUUCACCGUGCCGCGAAAUCGUCGAGCCACUCUGGCAUCCCUCAUUGUCAUGUUCAUGCAACAAUUCUGCGGCGUCAAUGCGAUCGCCUACUACUCUUCUACCAUAUUUACCGAUGCCAACUUUUCCGAGAUUCAAGCUCUUCUGAUUUCUUGGGGUUUCGGAAUGGUUAAUUGGCUGUUCGCGUUUCCCGCGGUGUAUACCAUCGAUACCUUUGGCAGGCGGAAUUUGCUAUUGACAUCUUUCCCUUUGAUGGCUAUCUUCAUGCUCGUAGCGGGCUUUGCAUAUUGGAUCCCGAGUGUAAAACCGAGAUUGGCGAUUAUUUCGUUGGGUAUAUACUUGUUCGGAGUAGCGUACUCACCUGGCGAAGGUCCGGUACCAUUCACUUAUUCCGCCGAGGCUUACCCACUCUACGUUCGUGAUAUCGGCAUGUCGCUCUCGACUGCAGUCCUCUGGUUCUUCAACUUUGUGGUCGCAAUCACGUUCCCGAGACUACUAGGCGCGUUCCAGCCUCAAGGUGCCUUUGGUUGGUACGCAGGUUGGAACGUCGUUGGCUUCUUCCUCGUCCUACUCUUCCUCCCCGAGACCAAAGCCCUAUCACUCGAAGAACUUGAUCAAGUGUUCUCUGUACCCACUCGUACCCAUGCGGCGUACCAGUUGAAGGCAUUGCCUCGGAACAUCAAGAAGUAUAUCUUCAGGAUGAAGGUGAAGGAUAUGCCGCCUUUGUAUGAACAUGAAGGUGCUAUUGGGGAGAAGACUUAUGCACCUGCUGCGGCUGGCCAUUGAGAAUCUUGACCUUUUCUGUUGAUCAUUCCGUUAAUAAUAUUUACUUGUAUCUACCUAUUUUAUCUAUAUGCACACAUGUACAAGCCUCAUAAUUUGAACGCUUCUGUAUUUAUAUCAUCCUAGAAACACUAAGGGAUCGUAAAGCGUGGCUCUAACUUU